GGCGGCAUGGCCCGCGCGCCCGGCGCGACCUCUGCGGAUUGCAUCGGUGUGCGGCGGCGGGGCAUGCCCAGGGCACCGGGCACGGCCUUCAAUGGGCGAGGACACGGACGCGCGGAAGAUUAACCACAGCUUCCUGCGGGACCACAGCUAUGUGACCGAAGCUGACAUCAUCUCUACUGUCGAGUUCAACCACACUGGAGAGCUGCUGGCCACCGGUGACAAGGGUGGCCGGGUUGUCAUCUUCCAGCGGGAACCGGAGAGUAAAAAUGCGCCUCAAAGCCAGGGUGAGUACGACGUCUAUAGCACGUUCCAGAGCCAUGAGCCGGAGUUUGACUACCUCAAGAGCCUGGAGAUAGAGGAGAAAAUUAACAAGAUCAAGUGGCUGCCACAGCAGAACGCCGCCCGCGCGCUGCUGUCUGCCAACGAUAAAACUAUCAAAUUAUGGAAGAUUACCGAACGGGAUAAAAGGCCCGAGGGUUAUAACCUAAAGGAUGAAGAAGGGAAACUUAAGGACCUUUCCACGGUGACGUCACUGCAGGUGCCAGUGCUGAAGCCCAUGGACCUGAUGGUGGAGGUGAGCCCACGGAGGAUCUUUGCCAACGGCCACACCUACCACAUCAACUCCAUCUCCGUCAACAGCGACUGCGAGACCUACAUGUCCGCGGACGACCUGCGCAUCAACCUCUGGCACCUGGCCAUCACCGAUAGGAGCUUCAACAUUGUGGACAUCAAGCCAGCCAACAUGGAGGACCUCACCGAGGUGAUCACAGCGUCCGAGUUCCACCCACACCACUGCAACCUCUUCGUCUACAGCAGCAGCAAGGGCUCCCUGCGGCUCUGUGACAUGCGGGCCGCGGCCCUGUGUGACAAGCACUCCAAGCUCUUUGAAGAGCCCGAGGACCCCAGUAACCGUUCCUUCUUCUCGGAAAUCAUCUCCUCUGUGUCGGACGUGAAGUUCAGCCACAGCGGACGGUACAUGCUCACCCGGGAUUACCUCACAGUCAAGGUCUGGGACCUGAACAUGGAGGCAAGACCCAUAGAGACCUACCAGGUCCAUGACUACCUUCGGAGCAAGCUCUGCUCCCUGUAUGAGAAUGACUGCAUUUUCGACAAGUUCGAAUGCGCCUGGAACGGGAGUGACAGUGUCAUCAUGACCGGGGCCUACAACAACUUCUUCCGCAUGUUUGACCGCAACACCAAGCGGGACGUGACCCUGGAGGCCUCGAGGGAGAGCAGCAAGCCCCGGGCCGUGCUCAAGCCGCGGCGUGUGUGCGUGGGUGGCAAGCGGCGGCGUGACGACAUCAGUGUGGACAGCUUGGACUUCACCAAGAAGAUCCUGCACACAGCCUGGCACCCUGCCGAGAACAUCAUUGCCAUCGCCGCCACCAACAACCUCUACAUCUUCCAGGACAAGGUGAACUCCGACAUGCACUAGGUGCGGAAGCCCUGGCCCUGUGAACCGGCCCUCGGCAGGUUGUCCCUGAUGUGACCUUCACAACCACAACACGGGAGGGGAAGAAAAUCAGUGGCAGCGAAGAUGACCGCAUACGUGGCCAUCGUGGGACAUCAGUAUCCAGGGCCCCUGUCUCUCCCCAGCUUCCUAGGCCAGAGUCGCCUUUGGUGGUGAUUGUCCAGAAAGACAGAAGGAAGGAUUCAUAGCCACAAUCAUAAAUGGACGUGAUGGUGGAGUCCUACAGUUCAGGGUUCUCUCACUCACUCCCUUCCCUUCUCAGUCUGCGGUCUUUACCACACGAAUAGAUUUUUUACCUGUCCAGCUUCAGUUUUCACUCCAGCGGGUCCUUUCCAGGGCAGCUGUGCUGAUGGGAGCUGCUUCCCCAUAUGCCUCUCUGGUCCCAGAUCAGGGCUCCGGGGACAGAUCUCAAAGUCCAAACAAGCCAGCCAGGGGUUCUUUUGAUUAUAAAUGGAGCAAUUUGCCCUGUCUCAGAGCUGAUGGUCUCACCUUUAUGUUUUGGGUAGUGCAUUCAUGCUGAGAAUUUGCAGGUGCAAGCUCCUCUCUUAGCUUUUUUGAAUGUCUUUAAAUUCCCAGCUGCCAGGUCCGGAACAAUUUCCCGAGAGGAGGGGGUGGCACUCAGUCACUGUGCGUGCCUGUUAUCCUCUGCUGAGCUCAGCCCUGCAGGCGUGCCAGUUCCACCCCUGUGGCCCACCCUGUGCUAGCUCUCUGGCCAUCCCUCGCUGUUCUUUGGGCACCCUCUGGGAACUGACACCGGCUCUCAUCCUGGUCUUUUGAAUCUUCCUCCUGACCGUGAGGUGGGUGUACGCUCAUUUCCUCCAUAGACAUCAACUGCUCACAGGGUGCCAGGCUCUGGGCAGGGUGCCAGGGAACAAAGGUGACUAAUUAUCAUCCCCUCUGUACACACGGGGAAACUACAGCUCUGAACAGAUUAACAGGUUGCCCAAGGCAGGCGCCACCAAGUGGUGGUGUCAGGAAUCCUGCCCAGAUCUUCCCACAGGCUCUUUCCAAUCCACCACGUUGGUGGCUCAUAUUGAAGUGACAUUCUGGUGGAAGGUUCUGGAAGGGACACGCUUCGUCAUCUAGUGACAAGGGUCCCGGAGAGAAAUGAGAGGCAGGAUGGAAGAUGGGAAGACCCGCCGGCGGCUCCUUGCUCUGCUUGGUAACUUCGGGAGCUCGGCCCUCCACAGGACACCUGCUCCACCUGUGUGUGCAUCUGUAGCCCCUUUUCAAAUGCACUCAGCUGCCUCCAAAAGGAGAUUGCAUGUUAGGACCAUUUUAGGACAUAUUUUCUUUAAGGACCACACAGUCGCAGAGGACACUGUCAUUCAGGAGCUCUCCUUUCUGAUGCUGAGGGCCACAAAAAAUGUGGCUUUUCCAUAGCAGAUCCUCCUGUGCUGUCAAGACCAGACUCACCCAUCCUGUGCUGUCUUUGCCCCUGGAAUUGCAGCAGAACCACGUGGCUUGGCAUUUUGGUUCAGAAGGCAGAGUGCAGAUAGCGGCCCGGCCAAAUCCAACAAUUUUUUUUCUUACCAGGUGUAAUAUAACCCAGGAAAUAGACCCAAGUGAGAUUUUUCUCAUGGGUUACGGUAUACUUCUGUGUGUGUAAAGCACAAAACGCACGUGCACUCACUUCUGGCCAUACCAUAUUUACACAGGGAAAUGGGUCCAUUGAUAUUUUUUUUUUUAAAUCGACAUGAAUGAAGAAUGUUUGUUUAAAUAUCACUGUAAAAUCCAGGUGACCUGGACAGUAUUAUAUGUACAUAUCUAUUCUAAUUAAAUUUAACAAUCAAAAGAUUGGAUUACUUUUUCCCUCUUGUAAAGUUUAAGAAUGUGGUAAAUUGUAUAGAAAUCUUGUAGAAGCCAAAAUCCAGCUCUGAGGGCCUUACACAAUUCCUCCGAUGUUUGGCACAAUCCAUCUGCCUUUGUGAUUCUGAUGUUAAGGGAGGAAUCGUGCAUUUGCAGCUAGAGGGUACUGUCAAGUCAUAAAUUUAACAUUUACCAUCUUCAAAGUGCAAAUCUUACACAGUCUUUACAGGGAGUCUUAAUACAGUUCCCAGAUCCUUACUUCUGUUUUAAACUUUGGGUAGCAAACGAAAAGGAAAAAAAAAAAAAAAAAGAAAGAAAGAAAGAAAAAGAUCUUCUCAGAAGAAAAGCGUGUCUUUGGAUACCUGGAAGAUAACGACGUCCAAGGCAAACUGUAACAAAAUGUGCAUUGAGAGAAGAGGUUGGGGAGGGAGGACACUAGAAAUGGCAGAAGGACCAGUGUAACGUCACAGACUUGGUGUCCUUACUGCAUUUAAAUUUCCCAGUCUCCUUGAAUGUACGGGCAUUCACAUAGUCGUCGUGAAGUUGUUGGGGUUUUGUGUUUUGUUUUGUUUAAAUUCUGCUAUUCUCUGAGGCUGAAGCUGUUGGUGGCGGUGCAGGGUUUGUGGUGGUGACGUCGUCAGAACCUGACCAUUUUGGACUCUGUAACUCAUAGGUGCAUUCUUUCUUUGGUGUCUCACAAAUUAUCCAACUGUUGAAUAAAAUUAUAAAUAUGUUAAU